AUGGCAGACACUGCUACGCCCCCUUCCAACAACGGCUCUCCCACCAACAAGACGCUGCCCACUAGGAAACGAGCGAGCGACGCCACUGUCGACGACAAACCAAAGCGCACGCGCACCGGCUGCUUGACAUGCAGAGAGCGUCAUCUCAAAUGCGACGAGACCAAGCCCACCUGCAACAACUGCCUCAAAUCCCAGCGAGAAUGCAAUUGGGGCAAGAAGCUCAACUUUCUCGACACCACCUGCGAGCGAAACGCAUAUCUGAUCCCCCAGGGCAUCGACUAUCAGGUUGCCUUCAUGGACGAAUCUCGCACAAUCGCCUCUGAAUACGUCGGUGGCCGAGAAAUGUAUCCUGUUGAGGAAAUGGAGUCUCACAUGCCCAUGGCCGACAAUGCCUUUGGCAUGGCCCCACCCCCUGCGUCGCGUCAACACCUCCCGCCAAUGCAAGGCAUCGCCCAUGACUCGUACCAACAAGCACAACUCAACUACAACCUGGAUCAGCACCGCACACAGCAUCAACACGGACGCACAAUAUCCAAUUACUCAAGCGGCCCAACUCCUUCCUCAUACACCAUGGAACACUCGGCUAGCCCAGGUCCCCUUCCCACGCGCGACUAUCUAAAAAGUCAAGAGGAAGUACUGUACAUGCAAGUCUUUGUUGAGGAAAUUGGUAUCUGGAUGGAUAGCAUGGAUGCACAUAAGCACUUUUCACGUCUAUUGCCCUUCCACGCCCUCAACGAACCCAUGUUGCUGCAUGCUUUUCUUGCAUGUGGUGCACGACAUCUGGCCCUUGUCAACCCAAAGUACAGUGAGGAAAAGGCCCUGCAUUACUAUGAUGUAGCCACACGCGACCUACUGCAUUCCCUGCAGAACCCCGACCGUGACACCGUUCUGUGUGCGACCACUGCUGUCAUUCUGAACGUAUACGAAAUCAUGGCUGAGCGCGCGUUACAACGCAUGAACCACAUUGCCGGUGCCCGCGCCUUGAUCAAAGAGUGCCGCUGGAAUGCUAGAUCAACAGGCAUUGGCGCAGCGUGUUUCUGGCUCAACGUAGGCAUGGAGAUUCUGAGUUGUUUGCACUUCAACUGGCAAGUCGCGUGGGAUCCAGACGACUGGGGCAUCGAAAUGGACUUUACCCCAGAAACUGAAUCGGGAAGAGAAGAAGUCUGGACACACCGGAUUUUGUACGUUGUCGCUAGGAUAUGCAACUUUCGCGCCUCAAUACCACGCAACCAAGAUAUUGCCAGGCAAACAUUGCACGACCGCCAUAACGAAUGGCUGCGGCUCAAGGAAAUGACCGACAGAUGGAAUGAAAAUAUCCCCAGGACUAUGCACCCAAUGGCUUACCUAUACCCUGGACAGACCAUUUCCGGCUCCGCAUUUCCAGAAGUUUGGUUGAUUAAACGAGCAUCCAUCAUCGCGCGCCUAUUUUACCACACGUCCUUGGUAUUGUUAGCCCAAAUCAACCCUGUACAAGCAGCCAGCGAACCGGAAAUGUGGGCUAUGCUCGAGCAGAAUUCAAAGUUCAUCUGCGGUAUUAGCGCACAUGUCAAAGAUCGUGGCGUCGCUAGCGUGGCGCUAAGAUCACUUGCCAUUGCUGCCGAGCCUUUGACCGACCGCCGCGAGCAAGAAGAGGUUCUCCAAAUCUUUGAUAAGAUCAGACAGGAGACGGGAUGGCGCGUGGGCUUUGUCAAUACAGAGUUGAAACAAAAAUGGGGCUGGGAUACACCACAGACCCAAGACCAAUCGCAACAACAGCCGCUGCCGCCGCCUCAGCAACAGCAGCAACAACUCAACGGCCAGAUGCAAGACGGCAACGUCAUGUAUCAACAGCAGCCGCAAAUGGUAGUUCAGCAAAUGUCCCAGGUCUCUCUGGCGCCCGUGCCCGCCCCGGCUCCCGCCCCAGCACCUCGAAGGCCAACAGGCUUUGGCAAUCCUCUUCUUGUCGCAGACUUUAGUAUGCCGCAACAUCCUUACCAGGCACAUUAUGUUCCAGCCAACAUCGUCCAACAGCAGCAACCCCCGACACUUCUUCAGCCGCCCCUCAACGGAGUCAACGGCUACGGCGCUCAUUUCUUCUAA